AUGUCUGGCUUUGAUAAAGGUGCCAUCUACUCCACCGCUGUUCUCCCCGGAGAUCAGAACGCGUCUGAAAAGGCACCCAGCCAUCUCGAGAAGGAGUUUACCGCGUUUAUCAACAACUUCCGCAUCGGCGAUAGCUUCAUCUACAGGGAUCAUCUCAGGUCCACGCUUCUAGCCAAGCAGUAUUCCCUUGAAAUUAGUAUAAACCACCUCCUUCUUUACAACGAAGACCUCGGCUAUCUCCUCUCCCAAAAACCCAGCGAAUUGCUCCCGAUUCUCGAAUCUGCAACGACGCGUAUUGCUAGUGGUUUGGUCGAUCCACUCAGCGCACACACCUCUACCCUACCCACAAUCCAAAUCUCUCUCAAAUCUCAGUCCAAUUUGGUCCACUUCCGCCAACUCAACGCCGACACGGUCGCAAAACUUGUCCGCAUACCCGGCAUCGUCAUAUCUGCAUCCACACUCUCCAGCAGGGCUAUAUCGCUUCAUAUCAUGUGUCGUAGUUGCAGGAGCACCAAGAACCUCGACGUCAGCGGCGGUUGGGGUGCUAUCAACCUCCCUCGCCAAUGCGACAGUGAGUCUCCACCAGGCCAGCCCAAGGAAUGUCCCAUGGAUCCCUACACCAUCAUCCAUGACAAGUGUCGUUAUAUCGACCAGCAGACUGUCAAAUUACAGGAAAGCCCCGAUAUGGUCCCUGUCGGUGAACUCCCCCGCCACCUUCUCCUCAAUCUCGACCGCUAUCUCACCGCUAAGGUCAUCCCAGGCUCUAAAAUAAUCGCCACCGGCAUCUACUCCACCUUCCAAGCAAGUAAGAUGAAAGGGCAGGCACCUGCACUGCGUCAGCCCUACAUCCGCGUCGUGGGGCUGGAGAUAGACGAUGCGCACGCCACGACAGCGUCAGGUGGACGCGGCAAGGCGUUCGCACCUGAGGAAGAGGAGGAAUUUGCCGCUCUCUCUCACUUCCCCAAUCUGUACGAGCGUUUCGCCGCGUCGAUAGCCCCGUCAAUCUACGGCAAUCUCGACAUAAAAAAAGCUAUCGCCGCACUACUCUUCGGUGGCAGCAAAAAGAUACUGCCCGACGGGAUGCGGUUGAGGGGCGACAUCAAUGUGCUUCUCCUGGGUGAUCCAGGAACGGCCAAAUCGCAGCUACUCAAAUUCGUCGAGAAGGUGUCACCCAUCGCCGUAUACACCUCCGGCAAGGGUUCUUCGGCAGCAGGUUUAACUGCUUCAGUGCAGCGCGACUCAGUCUCUCGCGACUUCUACCUCGAGGGCGGCGCUAUGGUGCUAGCUGAUGGUGGAGUAGUGUGUAUUGAUGAAUUCGACAAGAUGCGUGAUGAGGACAGAGUGGCGAUCCACGAAGCUAUGGAGCAGCAGACUAUCUCUAUCGCUAAGGCGGGUAUUACGACCAUUCUUAACUCGCGCACAAGCGUACUCGCGGCAGCGAACCCCAUCUUCGGCCGCUACGACGAUAUGAAGUCGCCUGGAGAGAAUAUAGACUUCCAGACUACCAUCCUCUCCCGCUUUGACAUGAUCUUUAUAGUUAAGGACGAACACGACGAGGGGCGCGACCGGACAAUAGCAAAGCACGUGAUGAAUCUGCAUGCUGGCCGUCAGAAUGAGGGGGAGGGUAGUACAGGCGGGGAGAUCGACCUCGACAAGAUGAAACGCUAUGUUAUGUUCUGCAAGCAACGCUGUGCACCUCGGCUAUCUAACGAGGCGAGCGAGAAGCUGUCGUCCCAUUUCGUCGCAUUGCGCAAGGAGGUCCAGCAGGUAGAGAGGGAUAAUGACGAGAGGUCGAGUAUCCCCAUCACCGUGCGGCAGCUCGAAGCAAUCAUACGCAUCAGUGAAUCGCUCGCUAAAAUGCGCCUUAGUGUGCAAGUGCACGAACAUGACGUUGAGGAGGCUAUACGUCUCUUCAAGUUCUCCACUAUGGAUGCUGUCUCGGCGGGCAAUGUCGAGGGUAUGACUAGAGGUGAGCUUAUGGAUGAAGUGCACAAAAUUGAGAAGGAGGUACGCAGACGUCUGCCCAUUGGAUGGUCUACCAGUUAUAGCACUCUCGUUAGAGAGUUCUGCAGUCAGCAGGGAUUCUCUCAGCAUGCACUCGAACGGACACUCUUCAUCCUCGACAAAAAGGAAGUCGUCCGCUUUGCUUCCCAGAAAAGAGUUGUUAUACGUACAGGUGUCUAA